AUGGCAUUUUCAGGAAGAGACUCUUUGCUACGAUGCUGCCGUAGCGCGUUCAAGCAAGCGUCCAAAGACGCGCGCAUAUUCUACCCACGCCGCCAGCUAUCACUCGCUGCUCGUCCAUCACAAUUAUCGCCACGAUCCGUACCAGUCCAACGAUUUGCGCCGUUCGCNAAAGAUAUUCUUCCGUCACAAAGUAACCGAGCCUUCAGCGCAUCGAGUCGGCAAGCGGUCAAGGCCAUCAUCAAUCCGCGAAAGAAUGAGGAUGGAGACGAGAUGAUGAUCGACAUUUUGCCUCGCGCUGUCAAUUUCGUANNGCGCCUGCAUGCUAUCUCGGUCAAGGAGAACAACCCAUCCCUCUGCCUGCGCGUCGCGGUAGAAUCCGGCGGCUGCCACGGCUUCCAGUACCUCAUGUCGACAACAACGCUAGAAGAGAUAUCACAAGAGGAAGAUACAGUAUUUGAGUCGGAAGAUGGCAAGGGAGCCAGAGUGGUCAUUGAUGAGCCCAGUCUUGAACUUCUAGCUGGCAGCAAGAUUGAUUAUACCAUGGAGUUGAUCGGCAGUCAGUUCAAGGUGACGGGUAUUCCAGGAGCUACGAGCAGUUGUGGUUGUGGAUCCAGUUUCGAUAUCCAGGCAUGA